CAAUUUUUCUCUUACCUAGUUAUCUAUAUAUAGAAACAUAGCAUAAAAGACGUUCUGAUUAUUCUCCAAUAAUAAACUUUCUUUUCCCUUCCAGAAAAUUAAAAGAAUUAACACUUUCUUAUCAUAUAUUCGUAUCUAUAUACUAGGCAAGUGACGGGACACAGGAGUAAUAGUAGUUUUGAGAGCUUAGCUGGCAAAGAGCGGGAUAACCGGAGGUCAAACACCCACUCCCACCACUACCACGACCAUCACCACCAGCCACAACAUCCCCAGCGGCGGAGGUGGGUUCAGUUUUUUACGAGUCGCCACCACAGCCACCGCGUUUAGGCCCAUUUCCUUUCUUGCUUACCUUUUUAUAUUACCAUUACACUUUUUCUUUUUUAUGAAUUGUCAGCGCUUGAAAACUCGAGAGAAAGAAUAGAAAAAAAGGAACCCUUUUUAAGCCCACAUUCUUAGUCUCUCUCUCUUUCUUUUUAUCGACAUUAGAGAGUGUGUAUGAUAGUCUAUAGAGUCUUUUCUUGACCGGUCACUUCUUCUUGUUCUUUUUUUUUUUUCUUGCUCUAUUUCUUUCAACUUCUGAUCUCCAUUAUUAUUGCCCAACCAAUUUAUUGUUAGUUAAAUAUUAUUUGCCCAUUUUUCUCUUGUCAACUGGAGGAACUAAAUUGUAUAAAGAGUAGGUAGAGACAGAGAGAAAAGAAGAAAAGUGAUACAGAUUGGUCACCAACAACAAUUUUGAGGAGAAAAUAUUAUAUUUAAUUUUAUUGCCUUUUUAAUCCAGGUAAAGAUUUGGUCUUGGUCUUUCUUUUAGUUAUGUUUCUUUUAUUAGAGAAGGUAUUCUUUUGGAGUAAAAGAAAAAGAGUCUGCAUUUGAUUUGAUAUGAAGAAGAGAAGAUUUGAUACAGUUAUCGAGUUGUUUUAAAAGUCAUGGUGGAUCAGCGAAUCGUAAUAGCAUUGGCUUUUCUACUAUUGCUAUUGAAGUUUCAACCUUCAUUUCAGCAAGUGGAAACACUUAAUUCACCAGUUGAAAGAGCUGCUUUACUUCAACUCAGAUCUUCUUUAGGCAUAAGAAGCAAAGAAUGGCCUCGAAAAACCAAUCCUUGCUCCAAUUGGACUGGUAUUUCUUGCACAAAUGGAAGCGUCUCUGGUAUUAACAUUUCUGGUUUUAGAAGAACAAGGCUUGGUUCUCAAAACCCACAAUUUGUUGUUGAUGCACUUGUCAAUUUAACCCACUUGAUUUCUUUUAAUGCUUCAAGAUUCCAGCUUCCUGGUUCUAUUCCUGAUUGGUUUGGUCAGAGUCUUGGUUCACUUCAAGCUCUUGAUCUUAGCUUUUGUGAUAUACGCAAUGCUAUUCCGGCAAGUUUAGGGAAUCUGACUAAUUUAACCAGCCUUUAUUUGUCUGGUAAUAGGCUAGUAGGUUCGAUUCCUUCAAGUUUGGGUCAGUUAGUAUUGCUUUCUAUUCUUAAUCUUUCGCAGAAUUCGCUUACUGUAUCAAUUCCUGUGUCUUUUGGUUUUCUUGCCAACUUAACAAUUCUUGAUAUUUCUUCUAAUUUCUUAUCUGGGUCAAUUCCUCCUGGCAUUGGCAUGCUUUUGAAGCUUCAGUAUUUGAAUCUUUCAAAUAAUCAGUUAUCAUCUCCAAUACCUGCUCAGCUGGGGGACCUUGUUCAGUUAGUUGACCUUGAUCUCAGCUUCAAUUCAUUGUCUGGGUCAGUGCCUGCAGAGUUGAGAGGGUUGAGGAAUUUGAAGAGAAUGCUGAUUGGAAACAAUAUGCUUGUCGGUUCCCUGCCAGUCAACUUGUUUUCCGCGUCAAUUCAGUUACAGAUUGUGGUUAUGAAGAACAAUGGUUUUACUGGUUCUGUUCCUAAUGUUCUGUGGACAAUGCCUGGUUUGAGCUUUCUUGAUAUCUCUGGCAACAAUUUCACUGGUCUUCUGCCAAAUGUUACCUUUAAUGCUAAUACCAGUACUGCCGAAUUAAAUAUAUCUGGGAAUUUGUUGUAUGGAUUUCUCAAUCCUAUACUCAGAAGGUUCAGUUUUGUUGAUCUGUCUGGUAACUAUUUUGAGGGCAAGGUUCUAGAUCUUGUGCCUGACAAUGCUUCUCUCCUUAGCAAUUGUCUUCAAAAUGUGUCAAAUCAGAGAAGUUUGUCUGAAUGUACGUCAUUUUAUGCUGAAAGGGGUCUGAUUUUUGACAAUUUUGGACUACCAAAUUCCACACAACCUCCUGCUGGAGAAUCUGAAGGAAAGAGCAACAGAAUGGUAAUCAUAUUAGCAAGUGUUCUGGGAGGUGUUGGGCUUGUUGUCCUUUUGAUAAUACUUGUACUGCUGUUUGUUUGCCACUGCAAGAGGGGCACUGCAAAUCAGAGAGGAACUGGUGUUGGGCCAGUUCCUGCGGGUAGCAGUCCACCACCUCCUGAAGCAGCAAUUGACUUGUCAAGUUUAGGAGACACGUUCACAUAUCAGCAGCUCCUCCAAGCCACUAGUGAUUUUAGUGAUGAAAACCUCAUCAAACAUGGCCACUCAGGGGAUCUUUAUAGGGGUGUUUUAGAAAAUGGAAUCUCUGUAGUUAUAAAAAGAGUACAUUUGCAAUCCAUUAAGAAGGAGUCAUAUGUAAUGGAAUUGGACAUUUUCAGUAAAGUUUCACAUCCUAGAUUGGUUCCUUUUUUGGGACACUGUUUAGCAAAUGAGAAUGAGAAGUUUCUGGUUUACAAAUAUAUGCCAAAUAGGGAUUUAUCAAGUUCCUUAUAUAGGAAAACCAGCUCAGAUGAUGAUAGUUUACAGUCCUUAGAUUGGAUUACGCGACUAAAAAUUGCAACAGGAGCAGCAGAAGCUCUAUCUUGUCUGCAUCAUGAAUGUACACCGCCCAUUGUGCACAGGGAUGUUCAAGCGAGCAGUAUACUCCUUGAUGAUAAAUUUGAAGUACGGCUAGGGAGCCUAAGUGAGGUUUGUCCUCAGGAAGGUGACGCUCAUCAAAGCAGGAUUACCAGGUUGCUGCGGUUGCCACAGUCAUCAGAACAGAGUACUUCUGGUUCUUUGACAGCAAUGUGCGCCUACGACGUUUACUGUUUUGGGAAAGUAUUACUUGAGCUGGUAACAGGAAAACUGGGUACGAGUGCAUCUAGUGAAGCCCAAUUAAAAGAAUGGUUAGAACAGGCGCUACCAUACAUCAGCAUUUAUGACAAGGAACUUGUGACAAAAAUUGUGGAUCCAUCUUUGAUUGUUGAUGAAGAUCUGUUGGAGGAAGUGUGGGCAAUGGCCAUUGUUGCCAGGUCUUGCCUCAAUCCCAAGCCUUCAAGGCGACCCCUUAUGAGAUACAUCCUCAAGGCAUUGGAAAAUCCAUUGAAGGUAGUAAGGGAAGAAAGCUCCAGCUCUGCAAGGCUUAGAACAACAUCUUCUAGAGGAUCUUGGAAUGCUGCUAUAUUUGGUAGUUGGCGUAGCUCAUCUGAUGUAGCAGUCAUCCCAGCAGGCUCCAAUACCAGGCCAGAAGGAUCUAGUAGUCUUAAACAUUCAGGAACCUCAAAUUCUGGGGGAAGUGGCCAAAAUGGCGGUGAACAUUCAUCCUCGCACAGACGGUAUUCUAGGGAGAUUUUCCCUGAACCAUCUGAAGGGCAAGAUAUAGAGAGACAAGGUCAGGAUUAGCAGAAAAAAGUUGAUUGUUCUUGAUUCUUUUGUUAAUAAUACAGCAGGAUUCCCAUUUGAUUACCUGUUUGUUAGUACCCCUGUGCGCUGCCCCUGUGCUAAGUUGGUUGAGCUUUGGAGCCAUUUCUUGUAUAUCAUUGAGGUGUUUGAAAGGUGCAUAUCUACUCUUGACAAGUUUUAUCUUUAAGCUUCUUUUUUUUCAAUAGACCUUCAUCCUUUGGCAGCAGUGUAAAUUUGUGGAUAGAUUGGAUUGGAAAGAUUUUGUAAGAAAAUGGGGUGCUACCAGCAGUAAUGGUUAUUAUUCGUUUGACAGCUUGUUGAAACAAGCUACAAUUUUUAUCUGCAA